CCCCGGGCACCCGUGCGAGUCCUUGGCUGCUUCAAUCAAGUUGGCGACGGCUGGCCUUCUGGCGUGGCGUGCUGAAUUCAUGAAGCUAGAGGACCGUACGGAAGUAUUAGUGGUGCACACUUGUGCUACGAAAGGUCACAACUCUUUCUUAAUACUACCAAGUAGUCCCCAGGACUACAUCAAUCUGCAAGCACAAGUCCAGAACAUCAGAAGACAUCGAUCCGUGAUCGCGCUAUAUACUUAGCAGCCAUGUGAACUUUAUUCUGAUGGCAUCGGAUGUUGUUUUCCUGCGAACGUACUUUGUUGUUUCACAAGGUCAAGCUUCAAGAGCACUAUUCUAUAUAUUCACACAUCCUGUAUCUUUUCUUCUGGUUCACCGCAUCUACGUCUAUUUAACGCUUCUCGUGGGGACGAUGCACAGCCUAGAACGCUCAGUGACCGAUUUCAAUGCAAGGCUGGUCAUCGGGCCGAUCCAAGUCGGUGGACUUUUGAGCGCUGCACUAUUCGGUUGUCUUGCCUGCCAGUCCUACGUGUAUUUUGCAAGAUUCACGAACGAUCACCUCACCCUGAAAGCAGCUGUAUCUGCAGUCAUGUUGAUUCAGCUGGGUCACUUUGUCUGCAUGAUAUCAACAUUGUGGACAAUGACUGUUAGCACCUACGGCAACCCAUCUCGACUCAGGGUGCUUCCGCUAGCGGCAGACCUGGCCAUUCCGUUGAGCGCUUUUACAGCAUUCAUUGUGCAGACAUUUUACGCAUUUCGACUGUGGAGGUUGAGUGAAAAUAUUUUCUUACCCGUUCUUUGCGAAACCCUCUCCGUUGUUGCACAAGUUUCCACACUCAUUCUCUCACCGAGGGCGUUUUAUAUGACGGACCUCACGACUUUUGAGGACAGUCAAAUUGUGCUGAUUACGCUAUCUUUCGUCGCACGUGCAACCUGUGACGUAGUUACCUCCGCUGCCAUCGCGUGGAGCUUAAACAAGAAACGAAUAAAUAAUUUUGGAGAUACGAUGACGAUGAUUGACCGGUUGGUUUAUUGGACUAUUGAAACUGGUCUGGCCACCAGUUUGAUGGCCGUUAUAACAGCAGUGUUGUUUCUAGUUCUUGAGCAGAACUUUGUGUGGUUUGGAGCAUGGUUGAUGUUACCCAAUGUCGUAGGGAACUCCUUGUUAGCCUCGUUCAAUCGGCGGUUGCUCCUUCGGGAGGCCCAGGGGUCCUCAAGAUCUGGCGAUACUCAGAGUCGUAAUAGUGGUUUAAACACACUUGUUUUUAAAACUGAAGCUAGGCAACCACAAGCAUACAUACUGGAGAACUUCAAGAACCGAGACAUUGAAGUGUUCCAAGACGUCGGAUGCUCAAUCGACCAGGAAUCAAGGCGGGUUUCCAGGCCUGCGGUGGUCCAUUUGAGUGUGUAACAGAUGACGGAAUUUGUGACUGAUCAUGAGACGAAUGUACGAUAAGAUGAUUUUCUCUUCGCAUUUUGGUUGACAUUGGGCAUGG